AGGGGCGGGCUCGGCCUGCGGCGCAGCGCUACGCGCCGUUCCGUGUCUGUUCCGCUCCCGUUCCCCUCCCGGCCCCGCCAUGGUGGUGCCGGCGCGGCGCGUGAAGACGGAGUACAUGAAGCGCUUCAAGGAGCCCAAGUGGGAGUCGUGCGGCGCCUGCUACCUGGAACUGCUGCGCUACCGCCUCAGCCGCCGCCUCCUGGAGCAGGCGCACCGGCCCUGGCUGUGGGACGGCUGGGAGCAGGACAGCGUCGGCGGCAGCGGCAGCAGCACCGCCGGGUCUCCCUCGCCGCCGGGAGCGGGCAGCCCUCCGCCCGCGCAGGAGGAGGAAGCGGCGGAGGCGGGACGGGCCGGCCCCGAAAAAGAAAGACAAGAUCAAGAAAAGCAUCAGAAAGAAGAGCAAGACAAAACUGUAGAACAUACUUCCACAAAGGAAGCAGAUAAAACUUCCACGAAGGAUGCAGAUAAAACCAGCCGUACAGGACGACGUCCAAGCCAAAGUGCCUUGUCCAGUCGUAAUGAUCGAAGAUCAACCAGAAGUCCUCAAAAGACAGAUGGACCAAAGGAGAAUAAACAUCCAUUUGCUCUCUAUGGGUGGGGAGAAAGACAGACAGAUACUGGAAGCCAGAAAACUCACAAUGUCUGUGCUUCUGCUUCAGUGAAUGAAAUUCACGAAUCUGCUCUACGAGCAAAGAACAGGAGACAAGUGGAGAAAAGGAAGCUUUCACAGCGGCGGGUACGAUCAGCAGAGGCAGAGAAAGCUUGGCGGAUAAAGCCUUCCCCACCAGAUAACCCCUGGAUGACAGAGUACAUGAGAUGCUACUCGGCCAGAGCUCGGUGAAUUUGGAUUCAACUUGGGCAUCUUCACAAGAAGUUAUGCAUAUCAGGACACUGGUGCAAGGAACCAAACCAUUUAUGCAAGGUUUUUAUAGGGAGUUUCCAGCUGUUAAAAUAUUUGUUAAAGUAUUUUUAUCUUGGCUACCUACCUCACAGUGGGGUGUCUAGUUGGAGCCAUAACAUUUGAAGAGGCUUUUAAAUAUAGCUACCCAAAUUUUUAAACAAUUCCCCUUUUGGGAAUCUUUCUAAUGAGUUUCAAUUGACUUGUUUUGAGGGGGGAGGGGGGCUUUGCAUACUGGCAAUGAGAACAAACUCUUAUUUUAUUGAUAUUGGUUGUGAAUAAUCUGCCCCUUACUUUUAAAAGAUCUAAAGUCCUCCAAACCACAAGGAGGUGGUGCUGGGGGGAGGGAAUAGGAGGAGGAGAGGGAAGGGAGGGGGAACUUGAAAGGUGUGAUGGAGGUGCCUUUGCAUUUAUUUUAUUAAGUCAAUACUUGUACCAAAAUAAAUAUAUUAAAAUGGGCAACAGAAAGGCAAGUGGGUGUGGUAAGCAGCACUAUUGGGUGUGGAUGCUUCAGACAGACAAAUGCCAAGUAUUGUCUGCAUACAGAAGCUUCAAAAAAAAUUAGUACAUCUGCUGAUUCUUAAUUUUCAUUGCUGCUUUCAAGGUUAUCUGUAAUAAAAUACUAACUUUCAGAGCAAGAAACAGCUACAGAAUUAUUGUGCUGUUGCUGUACCUGUUGCACUGAAUAACUGAUAACGACAAUCAUCAUCUGACAGCUGCUGCUCAAAAAGCAGCUGCUUGUUCUAUGAGUAUCAACUUGGCACCACUGUACUGAGCUUGUGGUCACACUUAUUCUGUGCUUAAUCAUGUAAAUGCUGGUUUAUCAGAGCAGGCUGGCUUCUGUUUAGUGAAGUCUAUUUUUUAUUAUGAAUAUCUAUCUAUGCUCAGUGGGGUUAGACUGCAAUAUGUAUUCCAUUUGGUGGUACUGUAUGAGUGUGCUAAAUUAGAGGCUUUUAACUUAAACCAUUUUUGAUAAAAUUUAGAUGAAGUAGAGGAGCCUUAGCCUUCUGCCUCAAGGUUGGUGCAUAACUCCUCAAUAAGGGGGGGUGAGAGCGAGGGGAGGAAGGAGAUGGUAUCCUGCAGUAGAGUACAUAAUGGAGUUUGGAUGCUUUCACUUUGUAGGUCUUUCUUUUACAUACACUGUCUGUCAAACCCACAGUGAUCUUUUUUAAACUCCAUCUGCUAUGAAUGAUUUGUCUGAAAAUUGAGCUUUAGGCAGGUGACUAUGGUUAUGAACUUCAAGUUUAGUUCAGAUGUGCUGUGUUUGUUAUAUAUGUUGUUUACCUUGCUUUAACAGUUUUGAAGCUUGCUUUUUACAGACAAGACCCUUUCUCACAGGAAGCACACUUAACACUGCUGCAGCAGAAGCCUGUGCUUCACUACCCAAUCUCAUUGAGUCAGCAGGACUAGAACCCCUGCUGCAACAGGGACAGUUAAAAUGCUUAGUGAAGUCUGAUUGUUGAUCUUCAAGUAACUGUGGGAAGACAAAGUAUUGUUGCCUUCUAAUCUUAUAUCAGUCAGAUGGAAAUUAAGAUUAAAUAAACCUUUAAUAAGAAGUUUUAGAGUCUGUGAAAUUAUAACCUGAUUUUUCAAGCAUAUAACUUACUUUAAAAAUCCCAACAGCUCACGUUCAGGAUGCCUACCAGAGAUCUUGCACUUUUAAAUCUCAGAAAGUAUGGUUGUCUGAUCCAUGAAGAAUGACUAUUCCAACUUCUCAGCAAAGCACAGUUUAGAACUUCCUAAAAUUUCAAAACAGCAUUCCAAACUGAGGUGAAAUUAUCCAACAGGAUGUUCUUAUUCCACAUGAGAUUUUUAUUUCUUUGUAUACAAUUUUUCCUAUUUAAAACAUAUUUACAGCAGCUAUUUAAGCUGCUUUGAUGCUGUUUCAGUUCAGAAAUCCACUCUAGUUUUGAACAGUAUCAAAGCACUCAGUAGUACCUAACAGCCUUGUUGUGUGGAACACCACAUACAUACACACCUUUGUCUCUGUGGACUCUGUGUAACUGGCAGAUGAACUAUGUGCCCUCUGCAUUUUGUUGCAUUAAGCAGGUUCCUUGGUGGGACUCGUCUUGCCCUACUUUCCAUGCCAGUUUCUAGAGUUCCCACUGAGAAUGGGGUGAGCCAAUAAUCCUGCCUUAAGUACUCAUUCUUGGAUAAGCUGCAUUUCCUAUUAGAUUUCAGUUGCAAGGUUUUAACAGUUUUCUGCCUUGGAUACUGGGUACCAAGCCUGAGAAGUCUCCAACUUGGUCAUGAUCUGCAGAACAUUAGAAAUAUGUUCAACACCAUCUGGACAGCUGUGUACUGAGGAAAUACUCGUUUUUAUCCUUGUCUAGAUAAGAGCUGUUCCCCAGCAA